AAAAAUCUAGAGUGAUGCACAUUCUUAGGGUAAAGCUGGAGUAGCACCAGCUGGAGUGGCACAUGAUUAUAUUUCACAGAUAGAAAAGUAAUCCUGUGUAUGUCUGUUCAAAAGUCUUGUUUGGUUCAAUAGCACUUACUCCAGACAAGGAUUUAUAGGAUUGCAGCAGCAUUAGCGUCACAGUCACACCCGUUUCUCGUGUGUAUGUAGUUUCUCGUUAUACCCGGCGGCGGUAGCAGGGGGACUCAUAGGGCGCCUGCAAGUGCAUUCAUGAAGUACAACCGGGUCUGCAUUUAGUUAAGAGUGGGUUUGAGGUGGAAAUGAUGGAAGUGACAAUUGAAGUAACUUUAUUAUUGCCGCAGACUCAGACACACACACGCAGCCUAUACUAACAUUCUUAAAACGUAGACUUUGCACUAACUUCCUGGAUUUCUCCAUUGCUUUCUAUGAGCAUCUUUCACUUUUAUCCCGCAAGCGGGGGGUGAGUGGGGGUGCGAUGGGAUGGAGUGGCGUCAGAGGCAACCAGGAAACACCGUUUCCAGGCCGCUGAACUGUCAGUCUAAUGCUCCUUAUCACCAGUUCAAUUUCAGACCAGAAGUGAAGUAACAACUACAGUGAUGUAUGAACUUAAUCUCCUUUUGUCCCGCAAAGGUGGCUCAUUUGCUUGUAUUUAAGUUAUGCGGAACUUUGUUUUGAAGUAACGAGCGGAAGUGGAGUGAGUGGGAAAGGAAGUGAAGAGCACCCUGCUGAGACCAUGCUGUAGACUGGUGGAGAAGUAUCCUCUCGGGCUGGGAGAGAGAAAGGAGCCUUAGAGGGAGGGGGACGGGGACGGGGUAGCGUCAGUAGUUCUGUGGGUAGAACUGGUGACACGGACUUCUGAGCUGGUUUGUGUCUUUCUUUUUCGCCUUGAUUCUCGCUUAGUGCCUUCUAUUCGUUUGAAAGUGAGAAAUCGUGCAGAAAUGUUAAAAUUAAGAGGGACCAUGAUAGAUCAAGACACUUGUUGAAUUUUGAGCAUGGAGCAAAACCCAGUUGUAAAGCGACUAUAUAUUGGAGGACUUGGCCAUACUGUUUCUAAAGCUGAACUGCAGGAAAGGUUUGGCAAAUUUGGAAAAGUUACAGAGACAGAAAUUGUGACCCGGAAAGAUGAACAAGGGCAACCUACAAAAACAUUUGCAUAUAUCAACAUCACCCUUUCAGAAAAAGAACUUCAAAAGUGUAUGUCUGCUUUAAAUAAGACAAAAUGGAAAGGUGGGACGCUACAAAUAGAAUUGGCCAAAGAGAGCUUUCUGCACAGAUUAGCACGGGAGCGUCAAGAAGCUAGUGUAAAGAAGGAACGCCCUCACAGUAAUGGCAUGAAAAAUAUCUUAGAAUCCAUGAAGAACUCUGGAGUUGUAAACUUUCAUUUGAAAGCAGUACCAGGAACAGAAGUACCAGACCAUAAGAACUGGGUUGUUGGCAAAUUUGGCAGAGUUUUACCCAUCCUUCACCUGAAAGGUCAACAAAAAAACAAGAUUAUAAAAUAUGACCCGUCCAAAUAUUGCCACAGUCUUAAAAAACUGGAUCAAGGCUCUUCUGAGACAGUUCCCAUUUCCCAGCUCACUUGGUAUUUGGAAGAAGAAAGUGAUAGCCUGAGCAAAAAACGCCAAGGACAGUUCCCUGUAACGAAAAAGCUACCUAAAAAGAAAAUGAGAGUACAGGAGAAUGACAGUUUGAACAGGACAGAGUUGAGUUCAUAUUAUCUAUCUUCCUCAAAAACAGCAAACUUACCCAAAAUAGGUGUCGUUCAAAACUGCAUUCCACAUAAAGAAAAGCAACAGAAAGACCGUUCUGUGGAUCGGCAACUCAGAACUGCUUUAACAUCUUGCAGGAAUAUAAAUAGGCAGUAUGAAAGUGAUUACGAUUCUGAAGAAGAAAUGCGAGCAAUAAUUGCAAGAGAGAAAGUAGUGCCGCCAGUUCAAUCUGAUAUUGAACCUGGAGAUGAUGGUAUGGAAAUUGUCAGAGAUGAUUUUGAACUAAAAUAUACUACUCAUUGGUCUUUACAGAAAGCAUGUGGUGCCAAGAACAGGCACAAAGAGUGUAAUAGAGAACCUGAGACCAGUGAAAAUGAAUCUGAUUAUGAUUCAGAUGGCACAAAUGAAAUUAUAGCAAAAACACCACAGAAAAAGGAGAAAAAUGAAGUUCUAGAGCGAUCUAAGAUGGUUAGGGGAGGAAAGGAUGAUAGCUCUGAGAGAGGCAAAACUACAACUUUUGAAUCUCAUGACUCUAAUGGGUUAGCCACAGACAAAUCAAAAAGUGGGGGGAAAUCAAUACCUGAAAAAGUCUCCUAUUCAAAUACUGCUCCUGAACACAACAGCAUCGCUAAUAAGUGUAACUCUGAGCAGGAUCCAGGUUCUGAUUUAUAUCUUGACACAAGUGAGUCUGAAAGGGAUGAAGAUUACGAAAACAUGAUGCAAAGCUGUUACCGACUAGACUUAACAUUAGAAGAUUUAAAAAAGUUAGCUAGUAAAAAUAUGGAGACUGCAGAUGAAGAGACAGAAAGUAAUCAAAGUGACUCUCAAAGCAAGGCCAAUGAAUCACCAGCUCAUAACACCAACUAUAUUUCAAAGAAAUCUGCUCCUAAAAUACAUCUUGCUCCUAAAAAAAUUACUUGUCCUGAAGAAAUAGUUUCUGCCAUUUUAGAAGAUGAAAGUUCAGAUGACGAAAACACAACUUCAAAAGUUCCGCCUUUCCGAGGAAUAGGGUCACUAAGUGUAAAUGGAAUGAUAAAGGAGUUGGUUAAGGGCAAGUUGGACACACAUGACAUUGAAGAUAAGCAGGAUAUAUCUGAUUUUGUUCAGCUGGAGACUCCCAAAAAUGUAUCUGGUUCCCAGUGUUCAGGCUCUGCAAUUAAUAAUCAUAAUUGCAAAUCACAUUCAUUAAGAGAAAUGAAUUCUAACACUCAAGAAGGAAAUUGCAUAGUAAACCCUGGUGAAAAUUCUGGCUGCAGCACACAUAAGACAGAAGAGAGUGAGGUGGAAAGCAGUGAAAUGAGUGCUAUAUCUGAAACAAAUCUCUCAAAGGUGAAAUCUCUUUGCAAGAGAACAAAAAUGGAGAUAAGUGCUAAAGGCUCAGACUUUGUACAAAAUCAGAACUUGAAGAGCAGUCCUCUGAAAAUCAAUGAGGUCAUUCUGAAUUCUGACAAAGCUACAAGCAAAUCGAAUCAAAAGCACCUGCAGGAUAAUGUUAAAAGGUUGGCAGCUCUACAGGAGAGGCAAAAAGAGAGAGAACUACAGAAGAAACUUAUCCAGGGAGCUCUUACCAAUCUGGAAACCCAGUCAGUGAAUAAACAUAAACACAUUGUAUUUGAAUCAGAUAGUGAAAGUGAAGCUGAACUACAAGAAAACACUAAAGAAUCUUUCGGAAAGCUACUUGGAAAAGAGUUCACUACAAAAACCUCUGGAAAGUUGUUUGAGAGCAGUGAGGAUGAAUUGGAUGCUACAGAUGAAGAAGCUGACAGAUUCAAAAUCAAACCUCAGUUUGAGGGUAAAGCUGGUGAAAAGCUCAUGUAUUUACAGUCACGAUUUGGCACAGAUGAAAGAUUUCGUAUGGAUACCCGCUUCCUUGAAAGUGACAGUGAACAAGAAGAUGAACCGAAGAAAAUGGAAAUGGAUGAAGAGGAGGAGCUUGCUUUAGAAAAAAAGAAAAAUCUGGAAAUCAUGAAAAAUCUUCUUAAUAUUAACCUAGAACUUCCCAAACCUAGCAAGCAGGCAGCAAAUGCCAAAAAAUUCAAAGAUAUUAAUGCCUUACGCUAUGAUCCUACAAGGCAGGACCAUGCAGUAUUUGAAAGAAAGCCUGAAAACACUGAAAAGGAGAGUAAAGCUGAAAAGAAGAAGAAGUGGGAGGAAGUUCAUAAACUGCCAGAGGUUUCUAAAGAAAUCUUUUACGAUGUUGCUGUGGAUUUGAAAGAAGUCCUUGGAUCAACAAAAUAUGAUGAAAAACCUGAAGAAAUAACUUGGGACAAACCUGACAACAUGGAACAAGGAACUCCAGCUCAGAUAGAGACUUUAAGACAAGUGGAUUCACAUACCGGAAGCAAAAGACAAGAUGAAAUGAGUGGCUUCACAUUUUCCUUUUUUAGUGCUGAAGAGGAAAAAUCACCUAAGCGAGAAGAACCGUAUGUCACUGAAACAAUAAAGCCUUCAAGAGUUGUAUGGCAAGAAGAUCCACGUUUUCAGGAUAGCAGUUCAGAAGAAGACGAUGAACUAGAAAUAGUUGAAGAUGUUAAAGAAACGUCAUCAGCUCUACCACACCCAAAUGUUAGAUUUUUCUUCUUCACCCGAGGUGAUGAUAGAUUAAAAGAAGGUCCAAAGCUCUUCUGUAAACCCUUGAACCUUGAUGCAGGCAGAGAUGAUUGGGAAAGCAGGCGCCAGAUGUUACUUGAGGAUUGCCGGAAGAAACAUAAGGAUGCAAGAAGGAAAAUUAAAGCAAAGCAAUGACAAUGUUACUGCUAAGCUAUGAUGGUUCAAAAAAGGUCGAUAUACUUUCAUUCAAGCUGGAAUAAUGUGAGGAGUCCCCAGGAAACUAUUCUGCUGAUUAUUUGAAAAUAUGAACUGGUGCUGAACACAAAACAUUUUGGGACAUCAAAAUAAAUCUGGAACUAUGAAGUGUCUUAUACUUAUCUGCCUUGUCCACAAAGAUUUCUGCACUGUACAAGCCUUUCUUCACAGACGAUAGGUAGGGAUUUAGGUUUGUGGAGAAGAUCCUUGUGCUAAAGAAGGAAUCUACUUUGAUCAGUCUGCGGUCUUCUCCUUACUAAGAGGCAUUUCAAUAGGUCUGAAGGUGGAUUCUGUGUAUCUACUAUGUAUACUGCCACUUUUUUGCAAUGCCCUAGUCCUGCGUACAUUGAGAAAGGCAGUCAUUUCCAAGGAAGAUGCAUGCAAGUUUCAUGCCACCCAAAGUAGCUUUUGGGACAGGUAGGUGUCAGUGUAAAUUGAUACAUAGUUUUAGAAAGGAUUUGGUGUACAGCAGGUUAUCCAAGGAGCAAAUACAGGAGAACCUCUGUAUUUGCAGAUUCCAUGUCCGUGGUUUCACUUACCCACAGUCAGGGAAUUGGCACCCGACCUCACUAUGCAAAAAAUAAAAAAGGCAACUAAGGGGUUAAUUUUCAUGUAUCCGCGGUUCGGGGGUGGCUGGAAAUGACCUUUGAGGUCAUUUCUGGCCACCAUUUUGUGACCAGGAGCCUCAAAAUGGCUCUUCUUGAAGAAAAAACAUGCAAACAUCCAUGAUUUUUGGCUGAUUUUCUUUCUUAUUCUUUUUGAUGUUGGGGGACAUUACUGUGUUGCUGGAGACUGGCAAUUUGCCCCCUCUUAAAGGAAUUUUCCUGAACCCCUCAAUCCCCUUGCCCCAAUAUCUCUGUAUUUGCGGUUUCCAUAUCCGCAGUAGCCGUGAACAGAACCCCUUUGAAUAUGGAGAUUAUCCUGUACUACAAAAGUCAGAAACUAUUAUAACACAGAAUGUUAAAUAUAACCCAGUGUCACUAAAAUGGUGAAGAAAAAAAUUAGGGAUGUACACAAAUCGAUUGGGUACAUCCAGUAGGGGUUCAGCGUAGUCUGCUGAAUCGUUUUCACGGGGCGGGGAACAGUACCUUUUAAGCAUGGAUAAAGCUGGUCCUUACCUGCUCUGCUGCUACCCCACCACAUUUCUGGUGCAGCACUGCACCACUGCAUCCAUGUGUGUCCUGUGCAGCAGUAGGAUGCACAUGGCCACCACACAUGUGCAGCGGCCAUGUGCAUGGUCAGAUGUUGUUGCUGCACAUCCCUAAAAAGUAAGACAGUACGCCACAUCAUACUAAGUCAUGAUUAAGCAACCCUGAAAUGGAUACAUUAGACAUGAUUCCUAACUUAAGUCCAAUUAAUUUCAAUGGGACUUAGUCACGACUAAGCUAGUCUGGAUGGUGUCCCAUGUUUGUAUGUAUGUACAUAUAACCAUACAAGCGCGUGGAGCCUAUCAAAUGCAUUCAGUUAAAACCUUUGCUAGUUUAUUUUUAUUUCCUACUGGCUUCUUGAAUAUACUGUAAAUAUAUUUUUAUAUCUUGAAAACUGGCUCCAAGUGACAAACUGCUAACUAAAAUACUGGUAUUGCUCAGGAGGUAAACCUCUCUGAACUCAGUAGGGUAUGCAUAAGGAUUGGGCUACUAGGCUGUAAUCCAGCAGCAUUGAAAUGUGAGCAUGAACACUGACUUGAAUGGGCUGUAGGUAGGCUUGGUUCAAGCUACUGGCAUCACCCAGUUUAAGGGAGGCUGAACUCUUCUCUUGAUUGACUGGUUAUUUUAAUAUAGCAAAACUUCAAUUUCUGCUGUAAAAUAAAAAUAUAUUGUACAAGACUGUACAUUUUAUUUAAAGGGGGAAAUGUAUAAUUUUAAACAUGUAAAUCAAUUUUUAAAAUUUUUUAAAAUACAAUUUUAUAUUUAAGCCAUUUUCUAUAAUUAAUAUCUCAGUUGAGCUCUUUUUUUCAGCGUAAUGGUGAACCUUCAUGUGCAAGUGGCUUUGUCAAACAUUUUUCAUUGGCUCAUUAUAAAGAGACUGCACAAUGUUGGUGAUAUCAAUUACUGCUUGUAUUUAAAUUGGAUUCUUCCUUGCUUCCCAGUAACAGCAUAACUCCUGAUGUGGUUGUAAUGUUUUCAGUGUAAAUAAACAGCUGCUCAGCAGUUAGAAAAGCUAUUUUAGCCCUAAAUCUUUAAAGAAGGUGACUAGGACAGAAAGGCCACAGUUCUCAAAGUACAAAGGAGAAGACUUUGCUGGAUAUGAGACAAGGGAGAGAAAUUCAGUGAAACCGUAAGCUUUGACAUAUGAAAGCUUCAUUUUUGGAAAAUCAAAAAGGAUUCUCUUUGAGGAGCUGACUAGCAUGUGUUUCAGAUUGUACUCUGUACCUAAGGCAGAGCUCAUAACUCAUAGUGCACAAGGAUGAUCACGAGCAACCCACAGGGAGCCUUAUAGGCUUUCACAUUAUCUGCUCCUCCUGCUUCCUGUCCAAGAAGAGGAGACUGAGAGCUUCCGUUUUCAAUUUAGAAUAAAACACAAUUUCCCAUUAUAUCCAGACUUGAGGAGAUUAGUUUUAGGAGAUGAGAAAAUCCAAACUAGGAUUUACCAGGUUUGGACACAACAGAAAACUGCAGUUGAUUCAGAAUGCAAAAGUGGAAGCUUUCAGUCUUCCCCUUCUUAUGCAAGGGAACGUACAACCCUGAGCCUUGCAUGAGGCUCAUUCUCAUAAGAACAAACCAUGUUAUGUGGUCAUGUCCGAAACAGGCUUAAGAGUAUUGUAGGAUAAGUGCAAGUCCUAUCAAGUUAAAAAGCUGAAGAAAAACUUGCUGCAUAAAUUGCUUGCUGCACAGUGUGAAGUCUUCAUGGGCAUGUUAAAAGUGCAUUUUUAGUUAAUUAAUAAUACACAAUUUAAUACAUAAGGCCCUGUUGUGAGGAGCUGGAUAUCUUUUACAUUGUUGUAUAUUUUAGAUCGUAAUUUUAUUAUCUAAACCAGGCCAGUAUGUAAGAUUGGAUCAAAUAAGCAAUCUAUUUUAAAGCUUCCUUGUUAUUUUUAUAGCGCUAACCUAAACCUGCUUUUUAUAUUGACCCAUUGAAGUAGAACACUAAACCAUAGUUUAGUAGUUCAUGAAGAAGCCUAAGAGAGCUGGAGGCCAACACAAUUUUCCUCUUUUCUCGCAUAAAGAAGAGAAUUAAAACUUGUGCUUUCACUUUAAGAACUGCAGUUCUAUAUUACAUCACACACAGAUAACAAAUGACAGUUUCCCUACAAGAGUCAGAACCAGCCAGGAUCAAACUCCUGCUUUUGAUAUCCUGCUUUUCUCUCAUUCUAUUAGAUAAUAAACCAACAUUCUCUAAGUUCAUUUGUAACACAAGCCAGCAGUUUAUUCCACUGGUGAAAGUAAAAUCUUUUACUCUGGACAUGAGAAAGGCAAGGAGAGUGCAUAAGCCUGUGUCUCUCUUGGCUCAUGCUUUAGCCAGUCGGAACUGGCAUAAUCCUAUGCCUAUAUUUGCUCAAAGUAAGCUUCAUUGUGUUCAGUGGCACUUCCUCCCAGGUAUGUGUGCCUAGGAUUACACUUUGAGGACAAAAUAGACUAUGCCAGAGGAGGAUUGCAUUCUGUCAGUAUACAUUUACAAAGGCAUCAAGUAAAUGAACAUAUGCCUAAUAUGUAGUUGCCAUACAUUCCUCUAUUGCUUUCUGGAAAAUGUAUCCAUGUUUGUCUUCCCACCAGAAUCUUUUUUAAUAGUUACUAGAUCUAUAUGGAUUAAGUGCCUUAUUUUGCAGGUACAAACCUGUCCUGCAAUUGUGUGGAAAGAAUCCUGAUCAGCUCUAGAUAGCAUAAGUACCAAGAUAAGAAUAGGAUGCAAUAGUUUUAUGUUGAAUGACGUUUGAAAGUUAUGAAAGAAAGACUUAGUAUUAUACAGUAUUCAUUACCAUUCUGUGUUUGUUACAAUGUAUCAUGUAUUUGUUUUAUCCUUACAGCAGUGCUGUUAAAUCAGUUAGUCUCUAGAAGACUAACUUAUAUAAGUUAGUCUAGAAGACCAACUGAUUUUGUUAUGGUUUGUAUGGGCCAGAGUUGUCGUGAGGUGGUCAGUAUAUAAAUGUAAUGUAAAGCGGGGGAAAUACAGGGAUUUGCAUAAUGGUAUAAGAUUUGUUCAUAAACUUUUAUGGAGAAUUAGAAUAUGACUGUUAAGAUCUAAGCACAACACACAGUUAUUUCUUGCAAUGAUUAUUCCAGCUUUUUUCUCCCAUCUUUCAACACCACAAUCCAUGAAGGUGAAAUGCAACAGUCUAUAAAGGUGGGAUUAUGAGGA